AAACGGUUACGUUUUGUAUUGAAGAAACAUUCAUUAGAAUUUCGUGAAGAAUUUGGAACAUAUACAAUAAGCUCUAUUAAUCCAGCAAAAUAAGAUCAUACAUAAAGUUCUUGGGAUUUUGGAAAUUAACAAUCGGUAUCUUUGCGUACGAGGAUAAAUGACUUUAAUAAUUAAAAAAUAACAGAACAUGGAAGUCAUAUCUGGAGAAUUUGUUGACACAACGGAUAAUGAAUCAACUUUGUCCGAUAAGAAAGUUCGGUUUGUGUUACCAGACAUCAUGAAAGAGCAGACGUACGGCUGGUAUCCCUCCGCCAAGGAUGUCUAUGUUGAUAGGCGGAUGGGUGUUCCAAACGAAUACCCACGGUCUCCUUCUAUGUUGUCAGAACUUGAAGCCAUGUACAAGUAUCAAAACAGUAAAUAUUAUACAGCACCCAAUCCACCUUCACCAAGGCCACCGAAAGGCUUCCGUCCAUCACCAACUCCUAGCAAACGUCCAAUGUCUAGUGUUUCGAGUCAUCAUUCUAGAUCGGAGAGCAAACAGUCAGCCUCUUUGCAAAUACGAGCCAAAAGUGCACCGAUAUAUGACUUCAAACCCGUUCCUAAAUUACAAAUACCAACCCCAUUUCAAUGUUGGUCAACUAAAGUAGCUGAAACUUCUUACGGUGUGCCAAUACCGACAGAGUUAGAGCCGAGGACCCCAACUCCAUCGUCAGCGUUUCAACCAGAGAAUGGUGUUACAAUCAUACCGACAUCAGAAUAUCCGGAAAUGUCAGAGAGGGAAAGCUUCGACACUAAAAGAGAAAGGGUGAAGAGUGCUGUAAUUCCUAGACAGAAACCUACUCCUCCCCCACGACCAAUAAAAUCUGCUGGUUCAAACAGAUACCAGACGCCAACAGAGGACAUACGUCAGUUACGACCAAGGAAUCCGACACCAAAGUCAUGUGUACCUGACUACGCAGAUACUGUAUCCCGAGUGGCAACACCAGAUCAAUACGAAAGAGAUCGAGAAAAAUAUGGCUGGAGAGCAGAAGUUCAUGGCGAUCCACUCAGGCUGAAGAAAGUGAUGAAGAGACUGCCAUACUAUGUACAAUGUGAAGAUCCCAUCAUACCACCAAAUCCUCCUAAGGCUUAUAUGGAAAAUAUGGAGACUUUCUUCUAUAAUACCAUACCACGUAGACCAAUGGCAUAUACAAUACACAAGGAAUGGGUAUCUGAAGUCAUUCAUGCUAAACGUAUGGAACUUCAAAAAAGAGAAGGAAUUAAACAUAGAUGGAAGAACUUCGCAUUUGUAUAUUAGGGAUAUUAGGAUAUAUUAAUUAAUAUUAACGAAUUGUAGCAAUAUAUUUUCCAUUUUCGAAGUUUCGACAUUGACAAGAUGUUAUUGUACAUGCAUUUAGGCUUGGAAAAGUUUUGCUCCUUAGAUAAUGUUAAUUUACUUUAGUGUAAAUUCAGAGCUUCUUGGAUAUUUAUGAACAGUUUUUUUCCGUUGAAAGCAUAACGCCUUCUAUUGAAGUGCAAUUUUCAGUUCAGCACAUUUUGAUUCUUCCUGUUGAAUUUUACCUCAAAGAACGACAACAAAUUUCUUAUUCAAAUUGAUAGUAUACUUUUUUUCAUAUCAUAGAAUGAAUUUCGAUGUUUCCAAUGCCCCCAUGUUGAAAGUCUUUCCUUUUAGAAAUCAUAAGCUUUAUAAAAAAUUUACAAUUUUAAAGAUCUGCCUUUUGCCUGGAAAUAAGUAAGACAAAAAUUAACACUAACUUUUUUUUUACCGGAAAUAGUGCUGUUCACAAACUGCCCAAAGGUUUUAAGAUGUAAAAUAUAUUAUGUUUAUCUAAAUCAAUAUUUUGAAAUAUUCUGUGAUAUUUUUGUUUGUACAAAUGUAAAUAAGAGCUAUUAUUUUUAACUGUGUAUAUGCAUUAAGUACUGUUAUGUGAUAGUAAUGAAUACAGUUUUAAUGUGUUCCUAUAUAGUGAAAUGAGUGUCAGAUGGACAUUGUGUCCAUUAUCCAGCACAAAGUACUAAAUGAUAUAAUGGUCAAAAUAGAUUACAGUUUGUGUAUAUAUGUUAUAUGUUGUUGCAUUUCAAAUGAUCAUUUCUUUCUCGUAGAUUUUUAAAAGGUGUCUAAAAGCUUAGAUAUAAAAAAAAUUACAUUUUAAUUUUGAUAGCUUUAGCAAAGUCAUUGUUAUAAAUGAAGUUUACUCGCUGCAAAACUUUGAUCCUCAAUAUUUUGAAUAUGUUUUUUACUUAAUAAUGAAUUUUUACAAUCUGCUUAUUGUAAUAUUGUUAAUUAAAAACAUAUUUUUUUUCUCAUGAGUGUAAAUGUCUAUAUUUGCAUCAUAAAUACCUGGUUAAAAAAAAAACGGUUUUAAGUGUUUCAACAUAAAUAAAGAAAAUAUUAUUUUUAGAAUUUCGAUUGUUUCUCUUAUAGCAGAGAAAGUAUCUACACUGCCAAAAACAAUAGUUUGUUUCUAAGAUUCACAAAAACGUAAUUAUGGACUAUUGGUAGCAUUAUCUUCAUUUAUCUAUCAACCACUUAUGGAUUUCUUGGAAAGAAAUCUAUAACUAAGUAAAAGGGGCAUAUCAUGAUUUCAAAAUUUCCUUUUUUAUGGACUAUUUUCAUUGUCAAUCUUUUACAACAUCCAAUUUUUUUAAGUAAUAUUUUUAUUUAGAGUUCAAAAUUAACAUGAACUAUGAUAUAAAAAACAAUAUGAGACAUGAAAUCUUUUCAUGAGUAUUGAUUCAUACAGCAAUUCUAACUCAAUCAAUAAAUUUUUAAAGAAAGACAGCAUCCAUCUUAGAAAUCAGAAUACCAUGAAACAUUUGUAUAUGUUUAUAAUUGCAGCACAUUCUCACGCUCUUCUACCUCCCUUUCAUCUAUACUCAAACAUCUAUUUUUUAUUUUCUUCAUAAUCAUGAUAUGCACGGGGAUAUGCAUGUAAGGGAAAUAACUCUAUCUCAAAUGAAGACAUACUUUUUAUGUAUAAGUAAAUGUACUAAUCUAAAUAAAAAAAAUUAGAAAAUAUAUUUCUGAAUAACUAAAUUUAUCAAGAUACAAAAUAUUUCCAUAAGUAACACUGAUACAUAAUUUAAAUAUUUAAUUUUGACAUCAUGUGAUACACAUGAUAUGAAAGAAACAAACAAUAUGUAUAAAGAAUAUAGUAUAGAUAUAACUUUGUUUACUAUGUUUACAUUAAUUUAAAAUAAACCAAAUGUUGAUAUUGCUUUUUA